ACCAACCGAUCCAAGAUUUCCUUCUCCACCGUCGUGAAUCUUCUCUCCUUGUAACGUGCUACCUCGUGCGGCGGCUCGGACGAUGCCGACGGCGGCGGCGAUGGCCGGGGGGAUGGCGACGGGGCCCGGCAGCCGCGUGACGCGGUACGCCAAGUCGACGGCGGCGUCGGUGACGCCGGUGCGGCCGGGGAAGACGCACGCGCUGUCGGCGCUGGACAACGCCAUGGAGCGCCACGCGGUGCACGUGGUGCUCUACUGCCGCGCCGCGCCGGGAAUCGAGCGGGACCUGCUCAAGGAGUCGCUGUCGGAGGUGCUGUCGCAGUACCCGGCCAUGACCGGCCGCCUCACGCGCGCCGGCGACGGCGCCGGCGCCGCCGAAUGCGGAGAGGGGAGCGGCGGGGCCGCCACCGCGCAGCACGGGUGGGUCGUGAAGUGCAACGACGCCGGCGUGCGCACGGUGGACGCCAGGGCGGCGGCCACGCUCGACGAGUGGCUCGCCACGGCGUCCGGCGAGGAGGAGAUGGACCUCGCCUACUUCGAGCCCAUGGGUCCCGACCCCUACAUCUGGUCUCCCUUCUACGUACAGCUGACGGAGUUCACGGACAAAUCGUACGCGCUGGGGCUGAGCUGCACCCACCUGCACAACGACCCCACCGCCGCCGUGCUCUUCGUCAAGGCCUGGGCCGCCGCGCACCGCCGGGACAGCCCCUACCCGCCGUUCCUCCACUCGCCGGCGCUUGCCGUCAAGUCCGCCGCGCCGCCGCCGGAGCAGCCGCUGCUCGCGGCCAAGUGCAGGAGCUCCCCGGACACCGGCGCCAGCGCUGCAGUCGGGAUGUCGUCCGCCACGUUCCGCUUCUCUGCGGAGGCGAUGCGCGCGCUGCUCUCCUCCGUCGAGCCGGGCACCACCCCGUUCGCGGCGCUCGCCGCGCUCUUCUGGCUCCGCGUCGCCGGCGGCGCGGCCGGGGAGCGGGAGCUGACGCUCGCGCUGGACUUCCGCAAGCGGAUGCAGGCGCCGCUGCCGACGGGGUACUACGGCACCGCCGUGCACUUCGCGCCCGCGCGUGCCGACCUGUCGUCGGGGCUGGCGGCCGUGGCGGCCGCGGUGGACCGGCGAGCGGGCGCCCUGUCGGAGGAGGAGCUCUGGCCCGCCAUGGAGUGGCUGCACGCGCGCCAGGCUGCCGGCGGCGAGCCGUUCCAGAUGUACGGGCCGGAGCUGACGUGCAUGGCGCUCGACCACGUCCCGCUCUACGGCGCGGAGUUCGUGGCCGGGGCGCCGCCGGUGCGCGCGGCUUGCCGCGUCGGCGAGGUGGCCGGCGAGGGGCUCGUGGUCGUCCUGCCGUCGGCCGAGGGCGAGGCCGCGAGGGACGUGGUGGUGACGCUGCCGGCUGAGGCGACGGCCAGGAUCUGCCACGACGGCGAGGUGCUCCGGUACGGCGCCGACGUGGUGUUCGGCCCAAAGCCGGAGACGCAGGCCUCGUAGGAUGUCAAGCCCACGCAAGAACUCCAUCGACCCAUGGGCUUCCUUGUGCUUUUGCUUAAUUUGUUGCGAUGUGGCUUUCAAGAGUUCAGUUUAAACGGUUGAUGUACCCGGGGGGUUUGAUGGUCGAUGUUUCUUUCGCUGUAUUCCUUUCUAAUGCAUUUCCUAGCCAUAACAGGUCAUAUGUUUUAUUUUGUGGUAAUAAAUUGGUCGAAUUGGAUUCAAUUAUGAUUGUAUCACCCUGUAUCAAGAUUUCAAGCAGAGAAAUGGGGUACCUUUUAUAACUGUCUCAUAAUGUAAUUGUCCGGGAUUCUCGUGGGAAGCUCAGAUUUAGUUGUGAUGGUAGC